AUGCUUCGUUCCUCUUCACGGCUCGGCCACAAGCUCGCCAGAGCAACCAAGAUUUCGACCAGCGCAGCAACCAAGGCCGGCAAAAUGCUGACUACCUUCGAGGAUAGUGCUUCUUGGUCGCAUCAGCUCACACCUGUGCCCGCAGAACUGCAUCGCCUCCACGGGCUUGCGCGACUACCAUGCCACGUCUGCGGCGAGGGUGGUGGUGGGAGGGGGAGCGCAGGAGGCCAGCGUCAACGGCGGCGACAUGACCUCCAAGUACCAAAUAAGUGGCACAUGUACGACACCGUUAAGGGUUCCGACUGGCUCGGAGACCAGGACGCCAUCCACUACAUGUGCCGAGAGGCUCCGCGGGCGGUGCUGGAGCUCGAGUCGUACGGCUUGCCGUUCUCUCGGACAGAGGAGGGGAAGAUCUACCAGCGGGCGUUCGGAGGGCAGUCCCUCGACUACGGCAAGGGAGGACAGGCGUACCGCUGCGCGUGUGCCGCGGACAGGACCGGGCACGCAAUGCUGCACACCCUUUACGGGCGGUCGCUGGCCUUUGAUACAACCAUCCACCGCUUCAGCGCGAAGAACACGGUGCUCGCCACCGGCGGCUACGGUCGCGCCUUCUUCUCGUGCACCUCCGCGCACACGUGCACCGGGGACGGGGGUGCGAUGGCCAUCAGGGCCGGCAUCCCGCUGGAGGACCCGGAGUUCGUCCAGUUUCACCCCACGGGCAUCUACGGGGCCGGCUGCCUCAUCACCGAGGGAUGCCGAGGAGAAGGCGGAAUCCUCAGGAACAGCGAGGGGGAGCGAUUCAUGGAACGCGAAACCGCACAGAUUUUCUCCGGCGUGGACGUGACGAAGGACCCCAUCCCGGUUCUCCCGACGGUGCACUACAACAUGGGAGGCAUCCCUACGAACCACCUCGGGGAGGUGAUCAGGCCCAAGAAGGACGGCGACGGCAACGUGACCGACCACGACGCGAUAGUCCCGGGCCUCUUCGCGGCCGGGGAGGCGGCCUGCGCCUCCGUGCACGGGGCUAACCGUCUCGGGGCCAACUCCCUCCUCGACAUCGUGGUCUUCGGGAGGGCGUGCGCGCUGCGCAUCGCCGAGAUCUCCAAGCCGGGAGACAAGGUGGCCGAGGCCCCCAAGUCCCAGACGGAGAAAAGCCUGGCGGCGCUCGACAAGACUCGUUUCGCGGACGGCGCCACCCCCGUGGCCGACCUGAGGCUCAAGCUGCAGAAGGAGAUGCAGGACCACGCCGCGGUGUACCGGACACAGGAGUCCCUGGCCGAGGGAGUGACACGAGUGGACGGUGUGGUGAACGACUUCAGCGACGUCAAGGUCACCGACAGGUCGCUCAUCUGGAACACGGACCUGAUCGAGGCGAUGGAAUUGGAGAACCUCCUUUCGAACGCGGCGUGCACCAUGCACGCGGCCGAGGCGAGGAAGGAGUCCCGCGGGGCGCACGCCAGGGAGGACUUCCCCGACCGGCUGGACGACACGUGGAUGAAGCACAGCAUGACCUACUUCGACUACGACACCGGGAAGACCAAGGUGGAGUACCGACCUGUGCACAGCUUCACGUUGGACGAGGAGGAGGUCAAGAUGGUUCCUCCCUUCAAGCGAGUGUACUGAAUCCACUCAGACGUAUCACUCGCCAAGAUGGGAAAAUCACAUGAUGGGGGAGUCACAAAAUGGGGGG